GUCGUGACAAAGGUUAAUAUUGCGUGUAUCACACACUCUGAUGUUUCUGUAGUUGGACCAAAAUUCCAAUCCGUAUUAGAAGAUUCUUCUCCAUGGCGACCAGAGAGGAACAGGACAGUUUGAUGUUGCAUGCCAUGCUGGAGGGUAUAGCUGUUUCAACUGUAGUAAGAAUGAUGCGAGACCGAAUACCUAACUAUGUAUCACUGACUUUAGAUGUGGCAUUAAUAGUCAAUAAGUCACAUGGCUGGGUGAAGGAGUUGAAGAUCCUUGGCAGUUUGGGUGAAGGCUUGGGUCACGUUAGCAUCUUCACUGGAAACGAAAGUGAUACCGACAUUAUGCUUGUGAGCGAAAAUUCUUUCGUGUACGAGCAUCGUUUUGUUGAAGUUCCCGUUUCAACUUGGCUGUUUCAGAUGCAGUCGUGUAAUAUCAAUUCUGGAUAUGUCAGGCUCAGGUUGAAAAAACAGGGAAACGUCCGACUCUUCAACCCAGAUCUUUUUGAUAUAAAGUCAUUGUUUGAGUACGACACAACAUCAGAUUGUAACUAUUUAAGCAAUGUCAUAAAUCAGCAUUUUGCUAACGUGCUACAGAAUAAUGUUGCCAUACCUUUUCCUAACAGCAAGGUGAAAGAUAUCACUGAUGUCGUCGACUCGGGGCCUUGUGCUACCUGCAAAAGCUCUUUCGAGGUACCAAGAAUAGGGAUUCCAGGUGACUUAGAUUUAGUCACAGGAAUGUGGUGUCCCGAAUGGCCGUCGGUGGCCGUCGAAUGGAUAUUACGGGAUAGGUCCAACGGAUGGCCCUCACGGGAAUUUAUAGACAUGCAGGUUCCUCGUGGUUGUUACGUCGUUCCUGUUGGAUGUAAAGAAUGCACCAAAAACCAUCUUGACUGGAGAAUUUCGUUUGCACACAUCGAACAAGCAUUGGUUCACAGUAUGAAUGCAAAACACAUCAAUUGUUUCCUCUUGCUUCGACAACUGAAAAAAUUCUUUUUCGAAGUCAAAAUGCCCAAUGUGAUAACGUCAUACAUCAUCAAGACAACUCUUUUCUGGACUAUUGAGGAAACAUCUCCAGAACUUUGGCAAUCCCACAAACUUCUAACAGCUGUUAAACUGUGUCUGAACAAACUAAUCACGUUUAUACAGAACGAUUACUGUCCACAUUACUUCAUCAGAACCUGUAAUUUGCUCAUCCGUAGAUAUUCUCAGGCGGAUAAGUGCAGUGUCUUACAAAUUUGUUUGGAGGCCAGGCGAAAUCCAAUGAUAAUUCUGUGCCGAACGCCACCGUUUUUAGAAGAGUCACGGCAUUGUCGCUCAAACCCACUGUUGUCCUCUGAAUACUCCGACCAGGAGAUGUCAGAACUCGAAAGCGGCAUGAUAAAGCUAAUGACUUCUAAUUUAUUUCAUUUUCUUCCGUUUACAGUGAACAUGGUGUUUCAAAUAAAGCUAUCAGACCUGGACUCCAAACAAGAGGUAUUGCAGUAUUGCAAAUCAGUUGCACAAGAGACCAUUGUUUUGUUUAGCAACCGCACGUAUACCUGCAGGCAAGAAGUGGAGAUAAUUCAAAAGUAUAUACAUGGCAUCACACAGCGAUUAAUCUGGUCCUUGGAGUUGGGUAAUGUAUCACCUAACCAGGUGGAAUACACAUACGACAAUACUACAGAUGCAGAUGACGUGAAUUGUGUCGCCAAUACUUGUCACUUACAUGUGAUCGUUGGGGACUACUCGAGGUGUCAUGACAUCCUCGUGAAAUUUGUCGCAGCUCAAAAGCAUGGAGUGUAUAGAAGGUUGAUAAACAUUGACACUAUAUUAUCCAGUGAUGAAUUCUUCUUGACAUACGCCACGACAAAUGUAUUCCUCGCUGUCACAGAUGAUAAAAUGUCGUGCAUCUCUGAUUUGAUAUUUCUGCAAAUGGAAGAUGACACCCUUCCAACUCCACUACAGACCGAACUCAAUCCGAUUCCGAUUGGUAAACCGGACGUUGACACAUUGCCCGGGAGGAAACCCACCGUCCUUGUAGAUCCACUCGUAUACGUGUGUUUCUUGAAGUUCUGGUGCAGCAUGAAGAUGGACCAAAACAUCGCGAAGCUGAUGGCCCGUGACGACAUGGUGUGGUGCUGUGGUCUGAUCAAUAUAUCAGAGAAGGCAGUGGCCUUGAACCUACUGGCGUUCUGUCACAGACAGCUCGGGGAGUACGAACAUGCUUUUGCGGCACUCUGUAGGGCUUUCACAGAGAGGCCGUUAAAGUGCUCAACAUUGAUUCACAUUGCAACUCUGGUAAAUAACAAACUAAAAGGUCCAUUUGACAAUCAAGUCCAUUCAUUGUAAUAAAAAAAAUGCGUGAAGUUUACCAUAGAAUUAAGGAAACUUUGUUUCAGUGGAUUGAUAGCGAGGCAUGCGUGGAUUUCCAUUAACAAGUUGAAGGAGAGAGAGUGCCUUAGUGGACAGGAGGAGUCGGAUGAGGAUCUUUUGUGAAAGAAAGAAGGAUAUAUUGGGCUUGUAGUUAAAAUGCUGAAUCGCAUUAUAUUUCGGUUGAUGGAAAGGAUGGCAUUGCAGACGACGUCAUUCUUUAGUUGAGACUGGAAGGCAGAGAGAAUAUAUAGUUAUUAUCAUUUAUAUGGUUGUGGAAACGUGUGCUAUUUAUGAACCCAAACCUUCCUCCCUAAAUACUACUAUACAGUAACUGAUGUGAGACAGAAACAACAUCUUGUAGGAGGAAGCGGAAGUUGAUUGAUAACAGAAAAGUAUGGAGGCAUAUUUCCGCCGUCGACAUACAACUUACGAGUUGUCGAUAUUUUCUCAGAUUAUUUCGACAUCAUUAUUGUAAUAUAUUGACAUAAAACCAUAUUUUUAUAAUAGUUAUCUAAUAGGUAGGUAGCUCGGCUGUUAAUCGUGGUAACGCGCGGGUCAGACCUCGACUUGCAGUUUACUUAUUUAAUCAUUUGCUUUUUAUUUUUUGCAUCUGUUAUACCUUUUAACCUAUAAACUUUUAGUUUAAUGUAUUCUUUUGCAAACAUCUAUUUGUCGACGGACCGUUAAACAAUACAAAACAUACAAACGUAACCCGUAAGUCGACGGGAGAGAUAAGCCCUCAAAGGGAAAAAAAUACGCCUAGGGAAUAUCAGUAACAAUCCAUAUCCAGUCUAUUAAUAGGAACUGAACGAGGGGAAAGACCGAACAAAUGGCUCAGAAAUCUGUCGGGAGAUUGUCUGAAUAAUCUCCUAGAAGAAAUGAAAGUACUAAAGACUCGUUGUUGAGAACUUUUCUUUUUAUAAUAUAACUAUGUGUAUAUAUAACUAUGUGCUACAAUAAACUGAUUACAAGGAACUUGCAAGUCGAAAAAGUGCAGACACAAUUUAUUUCAUUUUUAUUUUUUUGUUUGAUAUGCAACACUUUCUCAAUCUAAAACAAUAUUUAAAACUAAAACUCUACUGUGUUUACAAGCUUCUAUUACUGUGUAGGAACUCUCACGAUGUCACCGAGAAAUAGACACCGACAACCAAAUCUCAAUAAACAUAUACAGUGUCAACUACAUCUACUUACAAAGAGAAGCCGUUUUUAUUUCAUCUAAA